GGGCUGGCAGCCGCGGCGGGCCGGGCGCGCACUCUCGGGAUGGAGGGCGAGCGCCUGGCAUCUCCGGCGCGCUCCUCCGGCCUCCCGGCUGGGGGCGCCGGUGGGGAAAGCCCGGGGGUCGACGCCCCCCUCCUGGGCAGCAGCGGCUCCUCCACCCUGCUCCAGGCCGAGGUGCUGGAUCUGGACGAGGACGAGGACGACCUGGAGGUGUUCAGUAAGGAUGCCUCGUUGAUGGACAUGAAUUCCUUCAGCCCUAUGAUGCCAACGUCCCCUCUAUCAAUGAUUAACCAAAUCAAGUUUGAAGAUGAGCCAGAUUUGAAAGAUCUUUUCAUUACAGUUGAUGAACCUGAAAGCCAUGUUACCACAAUUGAAACUUUCAUUACUUACAGGAUUAUUACUAAGACAUCUCGUGGGGAAUUUGACUCCAGCGAAUUUGAAGUUAGGAGACGUUAUCAAGAUUUCCUUUGGUUGAAAGGAAAACUUGAAGAAGCACACCCCACUCUGAUUAUUCCACCAUUGCCUGAGAAGUUUAUCGUGAAAGGUAUGGUGGAACGCUUUAAUGAUGACUUCAUUGAAACACGAAGGAAGGCGCUGCAUAAGUUCCUGAACCGAAUUGCUGAUCACCCGACUCUAACGUUUAAUGAAGACUUCAAAGUAUUUCUUACUGCACAAGCUUGGGAGCUCUCUUCUCACAAGAAACAAGGGCCUGGAUUACUCAGCAGGAUGGGGCAGACAGUCAGAGCUGUUGCACUGUCAAUGAGAGGAGUAAAAAGCCGCCCAGAAGAGUUCAUGGAAAUGAAUAACUUUAUUGAAGUUUUUAGCCAGAAAAUAAAUUUGAUAGACAAAAUAUCUCAGAGAAUUUACAAGGAAGAAAGGGAAUAUUCUGAUGAAAUGAAAGAAUAUGGCCCAAUUCAUAUUCUGUGGUCAGCGUCAGAAGAAGAUCUGGUUGAUACUCUAAAAGGGAUUGCCAGCUGCAUUGACAAAUGCUCUAAGGCCACUGAAAAACGGAUGUCUGGACUCUCAGAGGCCCUGCUUCCUGUAGUACAUGAGUAUGUGCUUUAUAGUGAAAUGUUAAUGGGUGUUAUGAAAAGGAGAGACCAAAUACAAGCAGAACUGGAUUCCAAAGUGGAAGCUUUGACCUAUAAAAAGGCAGAUACGGAUCUGCUUACAGAAGAGAUUGGAAAACUUGAAGAUAAAGUUGAAUGCGCUAAUAAUGCCCUGAAAGCAGACUGGGAAAGAUGGAGACAUAAUAUGCAAAAUGAUAUCAAGUCAGCAUUUACAGAUAUGGCUGAGGAGAAUAUCCAGUAUUAUGAACAGUUUUGCAUGUCUUUCCUCCCUCUUUUCUAUCCACGCAACGGCCGUCCCCCAGACACACCAUGCAUACCCACAGAUAAGAAACCGAGGCCUGGAGAAAUCAAACAGCUUCUAUGAUCUCACGUGACCAUCAGUGUGAUUCACAUCAAAGGAUGGAAUUUGCAGUACCCUCACCUCCCAAAACCUUGAAUGGCAGCCAUAUAGUUCAUUAACUGUGCUACAUUUCCUGUACAGUCGUUUUCUCCUAUCCACUGUUACAAGGAGGCACCUGCAAAGCUUAGAGACUAGUGGGCAGGUAAAUUGAAAAUUAAAAUAGGAUAUUAGAAGUGUACUGCUCAUGCCAGUUAUAGCCACACAGAGAAGGAAUCCUUCUAAAUGAAAAGGUACCUGAUCCAAGGUCUGAGAAAUUAUUCAGAGUCAACCCGGUUGGAGGAGAACUGAGGGUAGAUGUGUCAGGGCAAAGAGAACGGCAUGAGAGAAGCCAAUGGCCCAAGUACACCAGUAAGCAUGGUGCAUUCAGAGACUCAGGAACUCAUUUCUACCAGAGGCUGGGAUGUGAAUGGGCACUGAAUAGGGAUGAGCUGAGAGGUAGGCAAUGCCCAGAUCAUUCAGAGCCGUAUAAAAUAUAUUCAUGGUUUUGACUUUAUUAUGAAAGCAGUGGGAUUCAUCCAAGCUUUUAAAGCAGGGGGAUUUAAGAAUCAGACACAUUUUAGAAAGAUCGUUUUGGCUUCAAUGUGGAAAGAUCAGAUUCAGUUGGAAAAAGGAUUAAUUCAGAAUCAGAAAUCAAUCAGUGACUAUCACCAUAAACCCAAUGGGAAUGUAUAGUAGUCUGUCAGAGGGUAAUAUCAGAAAUAUUAGAAAGCUCAGAAGAUGGAUUUUCAAGAUUUUUUCUACCUGCUCCAUCUAGAACCUGUCUCCACUGGCAUUCUGACUCAACAAAGGAGCCACAUCCAGCUAAGCAUUUCCAACCCACCAGUGUUACAAAUUACCAAACUUCCAGUUUGGGUUUAAAUAAGGCAUCUAGAGAGAUGUGCAUUUAUCUUUCUUUCAGCUAAAAUUUGAACUUAAUUGGGAGAAUCACAUUUUGUACUUCAUUUUAUUUUUAUUUUGAAUUCUAUGUCUUCAAUAGAUACUUUAAGAAAACUAGGUAGAGCAUAACAUAUAAAAUUUUUAAAAAAUUGAAAUCAUCAUUAUAACAAGCACAUCUACUGUCUCUCAUAUUAUCUAUUUAGUAAUUCCCUGGUCUUUCAAAACUGCUUUGGAGUAUAUUUACAAUUGAAUGUUUUUACUUACCAGCAGGAAGAAAAAUAACAAAAAUAUGGAUUAAGUGGAUGAAGGGGCCCCCCAACAGUGAUUUUGAUUGGAGGAAGAUUCCCAUGUGAUUUUCUCUGUAUGCUAUUAAUCUGGCACGAAAAAUAUUCACAAUAAUUAGGUUCAUUCUUUGAAGAUGGAUUAAAAGUAUUCACAUUUGAAAGCUUGUCAAACACCUUGGGAUUUCCAAUGAACCUACAGAAAGGUCACAGAUUUAGAAGAAAAGAACAGACCAGAACUAAGGGAUUCAUCAUGAGAUUAAGGCAAGACUCAAAUAACUUCUCCCGAGCAAUGUACAAAGCAACCUGAUGCUCAGACUCUUUCUAAACAAAUUUACUGGGAGAUCCAGUGCAUAGACUCAGGUCAAUGUUCAAUUUGUCUACUGAGCAAUUAACAUGGAGUAGGCAUUGCAAUAGGCAGAGGACACUGGGGUCCUAAUGGAAUCCAGAGCCACAGGCAGAAGGAGUCUAGUUCCUUGAAUCACCGCAUAAAGGGAAGAUACACCUGCCAAACAGGAACAGCCACCUUGGACUUUUCCUUGAAACCUGAGAAGUCCAAGAUCAAGGUGCUGCAGAUCUGGUGUUUGAGGAAAGUCAUCUUCCUGGUUUGCAGAUAAUCAAGUGUCUGCAUGGCUCAUUAAAUUUGCUGAAGAUGAUCCUAAGUGAAGGAGACACCCAUCACCUUGGAAGCCUCACAGUACAUAAAGGUGUUGAGAUCUGCAGCAAAGACUCAGUUUCACUUGAACUCAGUGUUUUCCAGCACAAUGGCAUGAAACUCCAGAACCAUCUAGAGGGUGUAUGUGGACUGUUUCACGAGCUCAGCCAGGAACCUACACUGUCAAAAUGGAUCGGUCAUUUAAAAAAGUUAAAGAUUACUUCCAGUCACUACCUUUUCCACUUGAUGAGAAGAGGGAGAAGAGACAGAGACAAGAAUCUUCAAGCGACGAACCAGAGGCUGUGCUUACCACUUCUGCUUACAUCCCACUGUUCUAAACUUAGCUGCAUGGUCACGUCUGACUGCAAUGGUAGCUGGGAAAUACAGACUAUGGCUGGGCAGUGGUGGAUGUAGCUAAAAUUGGAUUGGGGAAUUCAGUUACUAAAAGAAAGAAGGGGAGGAGGUCUUCUUUGGACUAUUAGCAUUUGCCACUAUAAUGACACCCAGCUUUAAAACUGUUGUAAGGUUUGACAAUAAAUUUCAUAUAUUAAAAAACUAUCAAAAAAAAUAAAAAAAUAAAAUUGUGGUAAGGAAUGAAGUUGUAUUUGCAGAGCAUAGGAGUAUAUUUGUUGAAUUUACAUAAGCAAUCUGCAUAGUACCUGACACAUGAUGAAUGAUAAUUAAACGGUAAUUAUUAUAUUAUUAUUAUAAUGAUGAUCCAAAACCUCUAUCCUCACUGUGAUGCUUGAAUUCCCUCCAUAGUACAAUGGACAAGUGAUUAUUUAACUGUUCUUGGAUCCUUAUAAUAAAAGGAAAUUUUGUUGCUCUUAAGGAAGCCAUUCCAUUUUUAGGAAGUUUUUCCUUCUUUCUUGACAUUAUUUGUCUUCUUACACUUUCUUUUCUUUCAAUCUAAUUGUGACCUCUGAGGCCCCAGCAGAACAAAUCACAUCCCUCUGCCAUACAGUAGUCCUUCAGAUAUAUAUGGAAAGUUACUGCGUCUUCCAUGAGUUCUCUUUUUCUCUAAUCAUGUUCUACUCCUUCCACAGGCUUUCAUAAUCCAUGACUUUGAGUCCACGCACCACCAUCUUGGGCACAUUCAUUUGCUCAUUUAACAAAUAUUUGAGUACCGACUACUCUAUUUUAUGAUGCCCACCUUAAAACUAUGUCACCAAGGGCAGUAUUCAGUAUUCCAAGUUAGUCUGAGCACAGCAAACUAUUAAUGCUCUCAUUCAGGAUAUUAUUUUCCCUAAAUGGGACGUAAGAUCAUAUAACUUGGCAGCAAUAACAUGCGGUUGACACAUGCUGAAUGGUAACCUACAAUACCCUCUGAGCCUGUUUUUGUUUGUGCAGCUAACCUAGAUGUACCCUACCCUACAUGAACUUCUUUUUAAAUCCAAAUACAAAACAUGUGCUUUAUUUCUA